AUGUAUGCCUAUGACAUGUCUGAAGAAGACAUUCGUGCAUUUAAUCCAAACGGUAUCAUCUUGUCAGGUGGUCCUGAGAGCGUACACGAAGAAGGCAGCCCACGUGCGCCAGAAGUUGUGUUCAACUUAGGUGUACCAGUUUUGGGUAUUUGCUAUGGCUUACAAACCAUGUCUGCACAGCUUGGCGGUAAAGUUGAGCCGGGUACUGUACAUGAAUUCGGUUAUGCCGAAGUAAACAUCCAAGUUCGUGACAAGUUGAUUGGUGAUCUUGAAGACACCAAAGACCAACUUAAAGUCUGGAUGAGCCAUGGUGACAAAGUGACAGCGAUUCCUGAAGGUUUCCAAAUCACUGCAAGCACACCAAGCUGUCCAGUGGCGAUGGUUUCUGAUGAAACGCGUCGUUUUUACGGGAUUCAGUUCCACCCAGAAGUAACGCACACUGCAAAAGGUGCAGAGUUAUUAUCGAACUUUGUACACAGCAUUUGUGGCUGUCGUAGCCUGUGGAACUCUGAAAACAUCAUUGACUUACGCGUUGAACAAUUACGUCAACAAAUUGGCGAUCAAAAAGUUCUUUUAGGUCUGUCUGGUGGUGUUGAUUCAUCAGUGGUUGCUGCGCUUUUACACCGUGCGAUUGGCGAUCAAUUGACUUGUGUAUUCGUUGACAACGGCCUGCUUCGUUUGAACGAAGGCGAGCAAGUGAUGGACAUGUUUGCGAAAAACAUGGGUAUCCGUGUGAUUCGUGCCGAUGCUGAAGAGCGUUUCUUGACUGCACUUGCGGGUGAAGUUGAUCCUGAGAAAAAACGUAAAAUCAUUGGUCGUGAGUUCAUUGAAGUUUUUGCUGAAGAAGCGCGUAAACUUGAUGGCGUAAACUUCCUUGCUCAAGGGACGAUUUACCCAGACGUGAUCGAAUCUGCUGCAACCAAAAAUGGUAAAGCACAUGUGAUUAAAUCUCACCACAAUGUGGGCGGUUUACCAGAUGACUUAGCUUUUGAAUUGGUUGAGCCAAUCCGUGAUUUGUUUAAAGAUGAAGUACGUCGUUUAGGUACAACUUUAGGUUUACCGUUUGAAAUGCUAUAUCGUCAUCCAUUCCCAGGUCCAGGUUUGGGCGUGCGUAUUUUGGGUGAAGUGAAGAAAGAAUAUGCAGACAUUUUACGUCUUGCAGAUGACAUCUUCAUGCAAGAGCUUCGUGCCAGCGGUUGGUAUGAUAAAACUGCGCAAGCCUUUGCUGUAUUCCAACCGGUGAAAUCUGUUGGCGUCGUAGGUGAUGGUCGUCGUUAUGCAUGGGUGAUUGCACUUCGUGCCGUUGAAACGGUUGACUUUAUGACAGCGCGUUUCGCACAUCUUCCUUAUGAUUUGGUUGAUAAGAUUUCGACUCGUAUCAUGAACGAAAUUAAAGAUGUUUCUCGUGUUGUUUAUGACGUAUCGUCUAAGCCACCAGCAACGAUUGAAUGGGAGUAA